AGAGCUGGCCUAGGUGCUCUGACCACAGCUGUGCGCAGAGAAGGCUCCAAGCCGGCAGGGGAGCCAGCAUGGUGGAGUUCGCACCCCUGUCCGUGCCAUGGGAGCGCAGGCUGCAGACCCUUGCGGUUCUGCAGUGGGUCUUCUCCUUCUUGGCCCUGGCCCAAAUCUGCACUGCGGUCUUCAUAGGCCUCCUGUUCACAAGAUUCUGGUUAUUCAGUAUUCUGUAUGCAACCUGGUGGUACCUGGACCGAGACAAGCCAUGGCAAGGGGGCAGGCGCAUCCCGGCCUUAAGGCGCUGGGUCAUGUGGAAGUACAUGAGGGACUAUUUCCCCAUCUCGCUGGUCAAGACCGCUGAGCUGGACCCGUCCCGGAACUACCUCGCUGGCUUCCACCCCCACGGAGUCCUGGCCACGGGAGCCUUUGUCAACCUGUGCACCGAGAGCACAGACUUCUCUUCGCUCUUCCCGGGCAUCCGCCCCCAUCUGAUGAUGCUGACCAUGUGGUUCCGGGUCCCCUUCCUCAGGGACUACAUCAUGUCAGGGGGGCUGGUGGCAUCGGACAAGGAGAGUGGUGCUCACAUUCUGAACAGGAAGGACGGGGGCAAUCUGCUGGCCAUCAUUGUAGGGGGUUCCCAGGAGGCUCUGAACGCCAGGCCUGGAGCCUACACGCUGUUGCUGCGGAAACGCAAGGGCUUCAUCAGGCUCGCCCUGAUGCAUGGGGUAGAUCUGGUGCCAAUCUUCUCCUUUGGAGAAAAUGACCUAUUUGACCAAGUUGAAAACCGUCCUGGCUCCUGGUUGCGCUGUAUCCAGAACCGGCUGCAGAAGAUCAUGGGUAUCUCCCUCCCACUCUUCCACGGCCGUGGGGUCUUCCAGUACAGCUUUGGUCUUAUACCCUACCGCCGGCCCAUCACCACCGUGGUGGGGAAGCCCAUCGAGGUGCAGAGGAUACUGCAUCCCUCACAGGAGGAGGUGGACAGGCUGCACCAGCGCUACCUCCGGGAGCUGGGUGACCUCUUUGAGGCCCACAAGCUCAAGCACAACAUCCCCAUGGACCAACACUUGGAAUUCUACUGAGUGCCUCCCUGGAGGAGGACGGCUGGCAUUAGGGAACCCAGCAGGAGGUGAACAGAGAGGGUUUCCUGCAGGCGUCCAUUGAACAUAUGUCCAGAGUCUCCCCAGCCUUCUCCAAAUCCAACCUGUGCCGGGCCCCAAGUCACAGCUGGCCACGUGGGAGGGGAGACCAGACUCUGGCAUUGGCGAUUUGCACUCCUGCUGUGAAACUUCUGCAAGCCUCCCUCUCCUGGUCUACUCUUCUGUGAACCCCGAGAGAUGGCCGGAAGAGAAUGAUUUCAGAGAUCUCCGUCCUCUGUUGCAGUUUCACUCAAUGGGCUGGGAAAAGAGAGCAGCAACGAGCGACCAGGCUUUUCUUCCUGUGCCUUGAGUGACAGCACAAAAGAAGCCAUCAGCUCCAGCCCCUUUUCCUACAGGCUCCCGCAUCCUGCAUCCGGGGUGUCCCAACUCCUCCCUCCCCAAGCCGGAGAGGAAGGGGCGGCUGUGAGGCCGCUGCACUUACCCUGAGUACCUUCGCAUUUCUGGGUCCUCUGAGCUGUGGAGUGGCAGCCCAGGAGUCUGGAAGAACUGUGCUGUCACUGGCUGUGUGACCCUGGGCAGGCUACUUCGCCUCAGUAUCCUCUACCCUCUGAGCCUCCAUUUUGCUGACUAAGAUGACCUCUGAGCCUCAACUCUGACAUCACGUAGGCCUAGAGCUCUGUGAGACACCUCUUACUGAUCCUUUGUAAUUUCAGCCCCUGACCUUGGCACAAGAAGGGGAGCUCCAUAAAUGUCAGUUCAAUAAAUGAAAGGAUUUUA